AUGUUACCCGAGUCGCGCUUAUGCUUGGAAGAAGAACGGUCUGUGACCGCCCCUAGACCCCUUUCCUUCCUUGUCAAUCUGAAAGAUAAGCCUAUCCCUAAGACUCUGAACCUAGUUCGGGCUCUGAAUGCAAUUGGCCGGAAUGGAAAGGAUGUGGAUUUAACCUUGGCUUCUUUGCCAGCGCCAACAGCCAAUCCAGACGAGGCGUACGAGCUGGGAAAGUCUAAGGCAGACUGA